AUGGUGUCACGAGGGGAAGGAGGCAGGCAGAGGAGCAGAAGUGACAGCAGCUACUGCAAACAGGUCCCAGUUCUCAGGUCUUCCUCUCCAGUGCUCUACAACCCCAAAUCAGUGUUGAAGAGACCAGUGAGUCCAGAGGAGCUACAGAGACCAGGAAGUCCCUACACCAGGAGAACAUUCACGAUCGUGGGGGACGCAGUGGGCUGGGGGUUUGUGGUGCGAGGCAACGUGCCGUGUCACAUCCAGGCUGUGGACCCCAGUGGCCCUGCUGCGGCCGCAGGCAUGAAGGUGUGCCAGUUUGUGGUUGCGGUCAACGGCGUAAACGUGCUCUCCUCAGACUACAAGACCGUCAGCAACCUCAUCCUCACUGGACCACGAACUGUAGUCAUGGAGAUCAUGGAGGAGGCAGACUGCUGA